AUGCUAUAUCUGUCGAUCAUUACAACAUGGAUUUGUCUGGGAGGUCAUGCUUGGGCUCAGAACAAUGUGACCAUAGAUUAUGUACCAUUACAACUGGUCAAAUUUAAGAUGGAACAUCCUGAACCUAUUGGCCUUCUAACAACAAGCACAGGAGUUCCAGUUGAUAUUCGGAAAACAGUCACAUUGAAUACAAACUUGUUCACAAACCCAUUUGCGACAGAACAAUUUCUUCACACAGAUAAAGAGAGAAUACCUGAACGAGUCGUACAUGCUAGAGGAUCAGGAGCUCAUGGAUAUUUUGUAGUCACCCACGAUGUAUCUAAAUAUACUGCAGCUAAAGUAUUCAAUGUGAUUGGCAAAAAGACUCCAGUAUUUGGCAGAUUUUCUCCAGCUAUCCCAAAUAAAGGAGGAACAGAAUUGAAUAGGGAUACAAAGGGCCUUGCAGUAAAGUAUUAUACAGAAGACGGUAACCUCGAUCAUUUAUGUCUACAUCAUCCGGUCUACUUUUAUAGAAACCCUAACGAUUUCCCUUCAUUCAUACGGGCUGAGAGAAGAAACCCUAAAACGAACCUACUUGACUCGACAGCAGCUUGGGAUUUCAGAACACUAAGACCAGAUACAUUACAUGCAGUAUUAUGGCUUUUCUCUGAUUAUGGAAUACCAUACGGUUAUAGGAGAAUGGAUAUUUUCCCCAUUCACACGUAUGAGCUUUAUAAUAAACAUGGAGAAAGAUUUUAUGCCCGAUUUAACUAUAGAACUGAACAAGGACUAGCUAAUUUGACAACAGCGGAAUCAAGAGCUAUAUCCAGUCGAGACCCAGACUAUUACACGCGAGAUUUGUAUAAUGCUAUAGCUAAUAAAGACUAUCCAUCUUGGAGAUUGGAAAUGGACAUUAUGUCUUUCAAAGACUUGAAAAAACUAAAAUAUAAUCCCUUCGAUGUUACCAAAUUGUGGGAAAACGGAACUUAUGAAACAGUGACAAUAGGCCGUUUAGUUUUUGAUAAAAACGUUGAUAAUUUUUUCAGUGAAGUUGAACAAAGUGCAUUUAAUCCUGCCAAUUUAGUGCCAGGAAUAUCGGGUCCAAUGGAUUUCAUGUUUACAGCACGAUUAGUCGCUUACAGAGAUACGCAAGACUACCGCUUAGGUGUAAACCACAACAAGAUUGAUAUAAAUUUACCAAAGUAUGCAAAAUACUAUUUGCGUGAUGGAAAUGCCCCUGUGAGACAUAAUAUGAAAGACGCUCCAAAUUAUCUGCCAAAUUCUUUUAACGGUCCUUUGCCGUAUAUAGACAAAAUUGCUCCUAGUGAAAGACUUCUAAUAGUAGACAGUAAUGCAGUUGAUCUUGGAAAUGCGGCAGAUUUUUAUCAUCACGUGCUUAAGACAGAAGAAGAAAGAAUACGUCUAGCUCAAAAUAUUGCUGCCAAUUUGGCUUCAGUUCGGGAACCAAUCAAAACAAGAGUAAUAGAAAUGAUGUCUCUUAUAAACCCUACUCUUGGUCAUCGAGUUGCGGCCACCAUACCGCCUACACCAGAAAAGCCACUGGUAGCAACAAGAGAAACAUAUGCGCCCCUUGCAAGAUGCAUUGAAGCCUUUAGCCCCUGA